CGCGCGCGCGCGCCGGCGUGUGGUCAAACUGCAACCGGCGACGCGACGCGAUCCGGCAACCGUUCCCGCCCUGCCAAGACCCAAGAGCCCACUCUCCUAUAAAGCGAGCGAACGCGCAGCCUGUGGAGUUCCACUCCACCCGCGCGCACCAAGCAAUUCUGAGCACGGCGACCGGCGACCACCAGUAGUGCCAUUUCCUUCUCCUCGCUCGCACCGCCGUGCGCCGCCGCCUGCUGCAAGAUCCAUGGCCGCUGCCAACAGCUCCCGCGCGCUUCUUCUCCCCGUGCUGACCCUCGCCGGCGUCGUCUUCUUCCUUCUCGCUCCCGCUGCCGCCGCCGACGCCGCCGAUGCAGCCGCGCCGCAGGGCCUGGAGUUCCACGUCGGCGGCCCGCGCGGGUGGCGCGUCCCUGACGCCAACACCAGCUACGGCUGGUGGGCCAUGAACAACCGCUUCCGCGUCGGCGACCACCUCUACUUCAAGUACGCCAACGACUCGGUGCUCCUGGUGGACCGCACCGCCUUCGACGCCUGCAACACCACGGAGCCGCUCGCGACCUUCGCCGACGGCGCCACCAGGUUCGUCCUCGACCGCCCGGGCUUCUUCUGCUUCAUCAGCGGCGAGCCGGGCCACUGCGAGGAAGGACAAAGGCUCAUCGUGCGCGUCAUGGUGCACCCGGCCAUCGUCGCGACGCCAGGCCCGGCAUCCGCACCAGCGACGUCGGCGCAGCCGGGCCACGGCGGCGGCGGCGGCCAGGCGCAUCCGCCCGGGGCUUCCUCCGGCGCAGACACAGCGGUUGCCGCUGCUGCCGGCGUCGCCGUCGCGGCGGCACUGGCUGUCUUCGUCAGUCUCGUCUCGUCUUGAUGCUCCAGUAAUCAGCUGUGUUGCGGCGCUUGCAUGCGUACUCGCGUACGUAGUUUGUUAAGUUAAUGCUAUGCAAUGUCUUAGUUUUGCUUGGAUUCCUGUGUUUUUUUACAUAUUAUUAUUCAUCAAAUCACUCUUGUAGUAUUUGUGGUGUAUCGUGCCAAGACAAUUAUUAGCUAGUUUUACUGAGUAAUUGAUGAUUAUAUUAUAUGCCA